UCACAGGACCUGUGUGGGGCCACCACGUGUGACACGCUGGGUAUGGCUGAUGUAGGCACCAUGUGUGAUCCUAAGAGGAGCUGCUCAGUGAUUGAAGAUGAUGGUCUCCCCUCAGCCUUCACCACCGCACAUGAACUAGGGCAUGUGUUCAGUAUGCCACAUGACAAUGUGAAGGCUUGUGAGGAGGUAUUUGGAAAGCUCAAGGACAACCAUAUGAUGUCUCCCACUCUGAUCCAGAUUGACCACAACACGCCCUGGUCUGUCUGCAGCGCUGCCAUUAUCACAGACUUCCUGGACGCUGGCCACGGUGACUGUCUGCUGGAUCAGCCCCAAAAGCUACUGGCUCUUCCAGCUGACCCUCCAGGUGUCAGCUACUCGCUCAGCCGUCAGUGUGAACUGGCCUUUGGCUCAGGAUCCAAGCCCUGUCCUUACAUGCAGGCCUGCUCCAAACUGUGGUGCACGGGGAAAGCUAAAGGACAGCUGGUGUGUCAGACUCGCCACUUUCCCUGGGCUGAUGGUACGGCCUGUGGCAGCAACAAGCUGUGUUAUCGGGGGAUCUGUACUGAUAAGCAAAAUACCACCAAAAACAAGGUAGAUGGCCAUUGGGGUCGGUGGGUUCCGUACGGUCCAUGUUCCCGUACUUGUGGGGGAGGUGUGCAGCUCGCCAAAAGGGACUGUAACAACCCCGUCCCUGAAAACGGGGGCAAAUACUGCCAGGGACUGAGAGUGAAGUAUCGUUCCUGCAACUUAGAGCCCUGUAAAGACUCAGGAAAGAGCUUUCGAGAAGAGCAGUGUGAGGCGUUCAAUGGCAUCAGUCUGAACACUAACAGACUAAGCCUGUCUGUGGUCUGGGUCCCGAAAUACUCUGGAGUCUCUGUUAAGGACAGAUGCAAGCUUGUCUGCCGAGCCAACGGCACCGGAUACUUUUAUGUCCUUGCGCAGAAGGUGGUGGACGGGACCCCUUGUUCUCCUGAUACCUCAGCACUCUGUGUUCAGGGGAAGUGCAUUAAGGCUGGCUGCGAUGGCAAACUGAGCUCCAACAUGAAGUUUGACAAAUGUGGUGUGUGUGGUGGAGACAGCCAAAACUGCAAGAAAGUCUCUGGAAUGUUCACAAAACCCAUGAAUGGAUAUAACUUUGUGGUGACUCUACCGGUCGGAGCUGCAAACGUGGACCUAAGGCAGCGCGGUUACCGCGGUUUGGUUAACGAUGACAACUAUUUAGCAGUAAAGAACAUCCACGGCAAAUAUCUCCUGAACGGAAACUUUGUGGUUUCAGCUGUAGAAAAAGACAUUAUUGUAAAGGGAAGUCUGCUGCGCUACAGUGGAACGGGCACAUCGGUGGAGACGCUGCAGGCCUCCAGACCUCUCAAAGAGUCUCUCACGGUGGAACUGUUGUCGGUGGGUAAAAUGACACCUCCUCGAGUGCGCUACUCCUACUACCUGAAUGUGGGAAAUAAAGAGGGCAAGGUCCUAAAGAAGGAGGAGAGGAACCCUACGCAGAACAGUGUGCUGGAGGACAGCAAUAAAGUGGAGCUGAAGAAGCCGGCCUAUCAGAUGCCUUCUUAUAAGUGGGUGGUGGCGGAUUGGAAAAAGUGCUCGGUUACCUGUGGGAACGGGGUUCAAAGUAGACUGAUACAGUGUUUGGAUUCGGAUGGGGAAACAGCUACACAUUGUGAUGGCACACAAAAGCCCAAUGCCAUAAGGGUGUGUGGUGACCCUUGCCCAACUUGGAGCAUUGGCGAAUGGUCCUCAUGCUCUAAAACCUGUGGGAAAGGCUUUAAGAGACGCCCACUACGAUGCAUCUCUCAAACUGGGCUGCUUUUACCAAGAGACAACUGCUCAAGCAAAAGAAAGCCACAGGAACUGGACUUUUGCAUUGUUUGGCCCUGCUAGUGAACGCCAAAGUGAUCGUUUUAUGUGUGCAUCCUCUGUUGCCUCAUUUGUAAUGAGAAUAUUCUCACAAAGGAUGUCUUUUACCAUUGCAAUGUUACAUGUUAAGGUACAGCUAUUGCCUACCUCGAAAAAGACAGGAUGUUUUAAAGCAACCAAAUAACACAGACCAUGUAAAUCUGUAAAAUGUUAUGUUUUGGCAUUAAAACUUUUGCAAAAGCAGACUUUUACAGUAUCACCUCUACAUAUGGUUGUAGAAAAAGUGACAAAAUCAGAGAGUGUUUGAAAUUUGUAUUCAGACUUUAAAUACAUGUGAAUAAUUUGAUCUAAAUGUGAAGCAUAUUGUAUGCAAAAAUAGGGUGACUUGGUCCAUGCACUAUUGAUCAAUUGUAUUCGUACAUUAUAUUAGGCUAAGAUAGUCAGUAGAUGAAAGCAUUCCUAAUCAUUGAAGGUUCAACGAGCAGAAUUUAGGGGUUACAUAUAAGAGAAUAUUACAUUUUAGAGAAGACAAAAUAAUGAUGCCAAAAGUAGGCUUUUAGUUUGGGUUUAGUGAAAGUAAUCAGUAAUUUACCCUCUCAUUUUGGGCAGAUUGUGAACACAUACUUACAUUUAUAAAAUCAUGUUAAUGUUUAGUAUAAUGGUACUGUACGCAAAGGGAUAAAAUAGUUAAAUACUAUAAAUAAAUCAGUUAAUAUACUUUAUGGCACAAAUCUUCAUCAGUUCAGCUAUCUAUAUAAGUAUACCAGUUAGAAAGUCUUUGAGUAUUUUUAUUUUUUUAUUGUAUCCGAUCUCUGCUAAAAGACACUGAUGUUGAUAAAGCCUCGGUACUGCAAAUGUUGUGCAAAAGCAACUUCUUAUAAAAUAUGAUUUCAAUAUCAAAAAUCUGCACAGGAUACAGAGGAAAACAUAAGAAAUAUUAAACUCAUGCAGCUGCUACGGCCACUAUGAUUUUAGCUGUAAAGUCACCAUGUUUCUUAGAUGAAAAAUCAACAGUAUGUUUAAUUGUAAGUGUAUUAGAUGUAUUCUCUGCUGGAUCUAUGAAGAUACAUUGUAACUUGUGUAAACCAAACGUUAUUGUUGAGAGCAUCUCAUUCAUUCUUGUAUCAUUAUGUUUUCUCAUCUUUUGAUAUUAAUACAGCAAAAGGCGCUUAUGUUUUUCUAUUGGAAUCCGUUGUAUACUAUGUAUACAUCCAUCAAC